AUUUAUUUAUUUUUGGGGACUCCUUCUUUCACUAGGACCAGAGGUGCAGUUUAUGAGCCUGAUUUUGGUGGCACAGAAAGAAGCUUUAACCUGCCAAGGGAUCACUAUAUUAUUGUCACAUUUGGCAUAGUCAUUUAAUUACCUUAUUGCAGCUCAGAAAUCUAGAACUGAAGAGAUCCAUCAAACUAAGACCAUAAACAUUUUUUAAGUAUCUGGUAUGUGCCAGGCACUGGCUAAGCACUAGGGAUAUAAGUUAGAAAGGCAAAAAGCAAUUUCCCCUUUCUCAGGAUUGAUAAUCUAAUGAGGGAAUUGUAAUGUUAAUUAUAGUGUAAGUGUAAUUAGCCUAGUUAAGAAUGGAGUGUAGUCAGAUGUAGGAUUUAUAAAAGUGAUUUGAGACUUCCUAGGCUGCUUUAAGAUUUGCCGUGGAACCCUGAUUAGGUUAGAGGAAGAGAAUUUUGCAAUGUGUCUUAAGAGCAUCAGUUGAGAAACUGUCAACCACUUCUGGGACAGAGACUCAGAGGUUGGUUGUACCUGGCUUUCCCUCUGAUCAGCCUUGGAGAAUUUGUGGAAGAUUUCCAGCUUUUGAAUCUGAAGGAGUUGAAAAGGUAUUUUGAUCAGAGAGCAGUGGAGUUACCAAGCAGCAUUUCAGAACUCCUCUAGGGGAGCCAGAUUGUGACUCAGACUGGCAGAGUUUGAUCUUGUCAGAAGGGAAAGGAAGUUUGGCAGAGCUCUAUGACAUUAAGUUCAUAACUUUUGGAAAUAGGUUUAGUAUGUUAGAAUUUAUAAUUUAGAUAAACAAUAUAGAUUAAGGAGGAUUUGGUAAUCACUAAGUCUUCCCUUGGGAAAAUUGGGUUGGGAAUUUAUGUCAAAUUAUUAGUUAAUAGGGAAUUUCUUAUCAAUACUUAUUUCCUUUUACUUUCUCUUUUAUACAAUUUAAUAGUUAAAAUAAAUAGUUCUUAUAUAAUUGGCCUAAGCAGAAAUCUUUCUUUAGCUGCUUGAGCAGCCAAUUUCUUCAACAGUCAUCCUCAAGAGCCUGUCCACACAAGUGGCAACUAUUGGUAUUACCAAUAACCAAUAAGGGUCAAAUACCCUUUUCAGCAGAGACAACAUGAAAAUACCUAUGUACAAAUACAGUCUAUACAAAGUAAAUUGAAAAUAAUCUCAGAGGAAAAGCACAUAUUUUAAAGAGACCUAGGAAAAUCUUCUUGCAGAAGAUGGGACUGAAGAAAGGCAGGGAAGCUGAGAAGUGGAAAAUGUGAAGUAGAGAUGAGGAGAAGAGACCAAGUCAUGCAAGAGAGCCAAUCAAAAUGCCUAGUCAGGCAUGUAUAUAAGGAAGCUAGAGUCAUUGCCUGAGAGUCUUCCUCAGCAUCAAAGCCUGCACAUGCUGUCAGCACACACAACUAGAUGUUAUUCUCUUAAUUAAUCAUUGCAUUCUCUUAAACAAUUCUGUAUUUGAUUUAUCACAUUGUAAGUUUCAUAUCAAUAUCAACUAUUUCAAGUUAGGUUGUCAUAAUUCUUUGCUACAUAUCCACACUUAACAAUUUCUUCCAUAUCUGAGAGAAUAAAUGACUACUAGAAUAAUUGAAUGAAUGGUAGAGGCUCAAGAAUAGUUGAUUUGCUUUUAUUUUUUAUUUAUUUUUUAAACCCUUACCUUCCGUCUUGGAAUCAAUACUGUGUAUUGGUUCUGAGACAGAAGAAUGGUAAGAGCUAGGCAAUGGGGGUCAAGUGACUUGCCCAGGGUCACACAGCUAGGAAGUGUCUAAGAACAGAUUUGAACCUAGGACCUCCCCUCUCUAGGCCUAACUCUCAAUCCACUGAGCUACCCAGCUGCCCCCCAGUUGAUUUGCUUUUAGAGAUAGAGCUCUACAUGUUCUUGGUGGGUGGGUAAAAGAAGAAGGGAUCAAGAAAAUAGUAUUAUAUCCAUAAAAGUAUUUUUUUUGCAGGCUACAUGAAAAGCAGCCUUAAGGAAAAUUUUAAAGAUGAAACUGAUUUUCAGUUCAAUGAUUUCCUCAAACACUUUUUAAGUAUUCCUGUGCAUGGUACUGUACAAAACACUAGAGAUACAAGGACAAAAAAAAACCCAGUUCCUGCCUUUAGGGGCUUAUAUUCUAAUAAGAGGAGGCAAUAUAUAACAUGAAAAUAGUCGGAAUCAGCUUUCAACAUUGCCAGUACAUAUGUGUAAUCUCCCACUGAAAGUCUUGAUUGCCAGUAAUAAUAAAUUGGUCUCUCUUCCUGAAGAAAUUGGACAUCUCAGACACUUGACAGAGCUUGAUGUGAGUUGUAAUGAAAUUCAGACGCUACCUCCCCAAGUUGGCAAUUUGGAAUCUUUGCGAGAUCUUAACAUCAGAAGAAAUCACUUAGUGCGUUUACCUGAAGAGCUUGCUGACUUGCCUUUAAUACGGUUAGACUUCUCCUGUAAUAAAAUUACAUCAAUCCCUGUUUGUUAUCGGAACCUCAGGCACUUACAAAUGAUCACCCUAGAUAACAACCCCCUGCAGUCUCCUCCUGCACAGAUAUGUAUAAAAGGCAAAAUCCACAUAUUUAAAUACCUGAACAUACAAGCAUGUAAGAUUGCUCCAGACCUACCAGAAUAUGAUAGGAGGCCCAUGGGGUUUGGAUCCUGCCAUGAAGAAUUGUACUUAAGUCGUCCAUAUGGAGCCCUUGAUUCUGGUUUUAAUAGUGUGGACAGUGGUGAUAAGAGGUGGUCAGGGAAUGAACCUACAGAUGAAUUUUCAGAUUUACCUUUGCGUGUAGCAGAGAUUACUAAAGAACAGAGACUGAGAAGAGAAAGCCAGUAUCAAGAAAAUCGAGGCAGCAUAGUGGUAACAAAUGGUGGAGUGGAACAUGAACUGGAUCAGAUUGACUAUAUUGACAGCUGUGCUACAGAAGAAGAGGAAGAAGAGCUGAGACAACCCAAGUGCCUGGAUUCAGAAAGCCUCAGCUCACAAUUCACAUCAUAUAUUGAACAACGGCGGAUUUCUCAUGAGAGUUCACCAGUAAAGCCAGUACCCAUUAGAGAUUUUCAAAGAACAGAAGACACAAGAAGAUACCCUCAUCAAAACAGGAUUCCAGUUGAAGCAUCUUAUCUUCUAUCAUUAUCACAGAGUCACAGUCAGACAGACACAGAAUUUCACCGAAGACGAGACCAGUUAGAGCGUACACGGAAAGAAGCACAACUUGCUGCUCUGCAGUAUGAAGAAGAGAAAAUAAGGACUAAACAAAUACAAAGAGAUGCUGUUCUGGACUUUGUCAAGCAAAAAGCAUCACAGAGUCCACAGAAACAAAACCUUCCUGAUAGUGAGUGUCCCUUUCCAUCCAGAAGGUCUCAGCACACUGAUGAUAGUGCCUUGUUAGUGUCGAUGUCAGGGUUGACUCAAGUGGGCUGUGCUACUACCCUGCCUCAUUCUUCUGCCUUCAGAUCUCUCAAGAAUGAUGACAGACCUACCAUCUCAUCAGGUUCACCUACAAUCCAAACAGUACACCUUUCCCCUCCAUAUUCUCCUGCUGCUUCUAACUUUAGAAACCAGCCCCAGCGACCAGAGAGUUUCCUUUUCCGAGCAACUGUUAGAGAUGAAACAAGUAAAGGUCAUUCCUCACCCCUUCUUUCUUCUGCUGCUUCAACCACUGAAUCUGCAGAUCCCAGAUCAAGACAAAAUUCCAAGCAGCGUGAGGAAGAGUUGGAGUUAAUUGAUCAGCUACGGAAGAAUAUUGAGUUCCGGUUGAAAGUUUCUCUGCCUUGUGAUCUUGGAGCAGCUCUUACUGAUGGUGUUGUUCUUUGUCAUUUGGCCAACCAUGUACGCCCUCGAUCUGUUCCCAGUAUUCAUGUUCCCUCACCUGCUGUGCCUAAAUUGACAAUGGCUAAGUGCAGGAGAAAUGUGGAAAAUUUCUUAGAGGCGUGCAGAAAAAUUGGUGUACCUCAGGACAAUCUUUGUUCCCCUUCAGACAUCCUUCAGCUAAACCUCAGCGUUAAAAGGACUGUUGAAACACUUCUUUCUCUUGGGGCACAUUCAGAAGAAUCCUCUCUUACCUCCUUGUCUGCUCAGCUUCUGGGCUUUGUGGCAUUCUACUGUACUUUAAUGCUCUCUCUGUGUAUGUUCUACAACUGGAUUUUUCCCUCUUGCUGAAAAAUACUCCUCCAUUAAUUCCAUGUUCAUAUUUGCUGAAUAGGAAUUAGAGGAUAACAUUUUAUAGUAAAUAUCUCUAUAUUCCUGACCCCACAUCCUUUGUUCAUUAUUAGAAGCGCUAGAGACACUUUUCAUGAGAGAAGUCCAUAGCCAAGCAUUUUUCGACUAAACAACUAACAUAGAUCUUUAUUUCCAAAAAAUAGGAAACAACCGUUUUUACAGGCCACUGAUGUAAACUAUGGCAGUAAAACAUUUCUUCUUUAUGAAACACCCAGCAUUACACUGUGAUGGCAAGCUAAGUGCCAGUAAAGUACUGACACCUUUUCCUAUGUCUGGUUAGUUUCUAGCUGCCACCUGGCCCAAGUUAUCAAAACUGCUAGAUUUCCACAAUUAAUAUUCCUCUAUUUGUAUCCCGAGGGCACAUAUAGGAUUUAUUAUCUCUCUUUGUAGUGCACAGUGAUAUUUAGUCUUGGCAAAGAUUCAAGUAAAGAUUUGAACUUUUUCUACAUUUUUACUUCUUCGUAUGCAACUUUCAGCCCAUAGUAUAAAUUCAAAAUGUGAGGCAAUAGGCAAAAUAAUUUAAUUGAACCUUUUUGCUUCUGCAUUGGGCUUAAGAAAGUAAAAAUGUCUGGACUUUUUGCUGAUCCAGACUUACUCUGUCCAUUAUCCUGGGCCAAGAACUAUGUCUUACCUUCUUGGGAUACAAACAGGAGCCUAUGAUAUUUGUGAAAAACCUUAGAGUUCUUUGUAAGUAUCACGUGAGGCAGAUGUUAUCCCAUUGGGCACCUCAUUAUAGAGGAGAAUGGCACAUAAAGUCUGUUCGUUUUAGAUAGCAGCUUUUGCUCUGGGUGGCAGAAAUGUUGAGAAUUUGCUCUUUAGGCCCUACUGAUGAAAAUAUUAAAGCACUACCUCAUCACAAAGCUUAGAUUAUAAUUGUCAUAGAAUGCGCUCCUGAACAUUUUACUUAUUUUAUUUCAGCCACUCUCAUGAGCUCUUUCAUGAAAACUUAGACCACAUAAGCUUGAGGGAGAGAAACUAUUUCAGUGAAAAGAAGAUCACUUUUUUGGAUACUUGCUAUUCUUGUUAGAGAUCUGACAUUCAACCCGAGUACCUGCUUCAACGUUCCUCCUUAUUGCAUAGGACAAUUGUUGAAUGAAGGAAUUUGCCUAUAGAGCUCUAUUUGCAUUGUUGACAACCAACCACAGAAAUGUACUUGGCUACUUAGGACACUCCUGUAAAUAUUGAACACUGGUGCCUUCCUUCCCAUUUUAAAAAAAAUUUUAUUGCUUAUGACGAUGGAUGACUGAAGCAGUGAUCAUUGUAGCAGUUUCUCUCCUUUAAAAAAAAAAACACCUCCCAAGUGUAGUUAUUAAAUAGCAUUUGUUUUUAUUGCAUUUUGCAUGGCAUUUUGGCCCUACUUUGGGCACUGGAAGUAAAGGUUAUAAGUAUUUGUGAAAACUAACCACACUGCUGCUCUCCAGAAUUCUAGGAGAGACCCCCAGGGCAGUUGGCCAUUGAGGAGAGUGCCUUCUUCCUGCUUGGGAAAAAUAUCUGGCCUGAGAACAAAAUGCUGUGGAGAAACUCAUCCUAGAUUUUAAUUCAUCCACUCACGGAUUUAUACAAAUCUUCUAACUUUACAGUACUACCAAAUAUUAGGUAUCUUGUUUUGCCAAAAAAAAAAAAAGCCUACUAAGUCAGAAACAAUUAAAUAGCACAAGUAUUAAUAACUGCCUUAAAAGGAAAUGUUACAUUUUUAUGUAACAUGUUUAACUAAAUACAGUUUUUGCCAAACUUCUUAUUAACCCUGAGAAGUGAGUGCCUAUGAAAAUUAAGCAAAUGAAUGCACAGGAAAACCACCUUUUUUUAUUUACCAAUGCACUUAUAUUGUCAGUGGAGCCAGAUAUCUUCCUUGCAUUCUUUCCAGUGUUUAAUGCACCCAUUUUCUCACUCAAGCAAUUUGUUGCCUAGGGUUCCCCUAAUUUGGGAUAGAAGAACGGACCAGAAAUACCAAGUGAAGUUUACCUUUGAGUUCUCUUUCUAUAAGGAAAGAGCUUGCUAAUCUUGUGUAUUUUGGAAACUUAAACGCUCUACAAGUACACAUUUGCAGACAAACCAUUGUUCUGUUAACCUCAGAUUAUUUUCAGAAAUUUGCUAUCUGUGUCCCUUAUAAGAUAAAGUUUUGUUAAUUUAGUUGUAAUUACCAUGUGUACACUUAAACAUUCCAAAAAUACGUUUAAAAAACAACCAAAAGCUUCCACAAUUCAACUUUUCCCUAAUUUAGCUUGAUCUCUUCCCCUCCCCAUUGCCCCAAUAGUCUCAAUUAAGGAGAAUUGGCCAUAAAUGAAUGAGUCAAAAGCACAAGAGCUCAAACUCUACUUCCUUCUUUCCUUAUACCAUCUCUCAGAGUAGUAAAGCUCAAGUUUCCAAAUUUGCAGAUGACACUCUACCUCAUGCCUGUUUUUCCUUGGUUUGUCAGAAUUGUUGUGCAAGUAUCUCUGAUAGACCUGGCCUGUAAUUUCCAAAGCAUUUCCUUGUAGUGCAUUAAGAAAGUGGGUGCAGCAUUAGGAACUCUAGCUCUGAAGCCAGAGGAUCUGGGUUCAUUGUCUGCCUCUGAUGAUGAUCACUUGUGUGGCCUUGGGUAAGUCUCUUAGUCUACCUGGGCCUCAGUUUCCUCUUCUGUAAAAUGAGGACAUUAUACUACAGGACCCCUAACAUCCUUUCCUAGUCUAGAUCUAUGAUUCAAUGAUCUCUUCCAGGUCUUAGCAUAUUGUCAGAGCUUAAAGUUGUUUUUUUUUCUAUUUUAGGUAUUUUAUUAUUAUAUUUGGAUCUCUUCCUCUCUAUCCCUCUCUCCCCACACACAAACGUUGUUUCUUCUAUUCCUGCUGUCCUUGGCUCUUCCUGUGUAAUAUUUCUCUUAGAAAAAAAGAAGUAGAUGUUAUUUGUCUGUUUCCCGGCCCCUCCAGAUCUUCUCUAUAUGCUUUCAGUUUUGCUGAUUAAUAAAAUGACUGUCAUCAGAACAUACUAGUUUGUAAAAGUGACUAUAUGUUCAGCCUAUGUAAUUAUCCCUCUUCAUUUAUUCAAAUAAAUUCAUCAUUACAAAUAGUUGUGAGAUA